AUGAAGGGAGGUGGAUUUUAUAAAGGAACAAGUAGUGAACAGACUCCAUUUUUUGUUGACAAGGAAAAGAAGUUGAUCGAGAAACUAGCAUGGCCUGAAAUUUAUAACUAUAAAAUAAAUAUAAAUAAAAUAAAUUUUGAUAUAGUAGAAAAAUGGGUACAAAAAAGAUUAAUCGAUUUACUAGGAUUUGAAGAUGAUAUAUUAUGUGACUAUUGCAUAUCUCAACUUAAGGAUGAGCAAGAUGGAAGAGAUUAUGAAGAGAAUCGAUACUUGGAUUCCAAGAAGUUGAAAAUAAACAUCACCGGGUUCAUAGGGAAUAAAAAGAGCGACAUAUUUAUUAGGGAAUUACUCGAAUUAUUAAUAGAAAAUGAAAAAAAUGAAGGACAAGUUUUAAAGUCUCAACUUGAAAAUAAAAAAAGUGAAAUAGAAUCAGCUAAAAAUGAAACUGCAUCUAUAACAAAAAAUAUAAAAGCAAUAAAAAAUAUAUAUAAUGAAAAUGAUGAAAAUCGAAACCGAUCUAUGAAUUUUAUAAAAGAUAAAACAAAACGAGAAAACAGAGAUCGAAGAAAUGAACGUAAUAUUACAUCAUCUAAUGAAAGUGAUAAUAUAUCAUAUAUUAAAAAAAAAAAAAAACGCGAUGAAAAAAAAUCAAUCUCAAUACAAUCCGAUUCUUCUUCAUCAAGUACUUAUAAAAAUAAAAAAAAUUAUAAAAGACCAAUAAAUAGACACAAUAAUAAAAGUUCUGAUUCGGAUGGGGACUCUAGUCGUUCUUCAUCCGAAAGUAGAUCCUCUGAAUAUAAAAAAAGGAAAGAGAAACGAGACAAAUAUUUAAAAUAUGAAAAAAAUGACAACGAUGAUCGAAGAAGGGGCCAUAAGGUAAGGGAAAGAAACGACAGAAGAGAAAGAGAAAGACAAAUGGAUAGUGGAAGGCAUAGGAACAGACACAGAAUUAGAGACCGAAGUAGAGAUCGAAGUAGAGAUCGAAGCAGAGAUAGGAGUAGAGAUAGGAGUAGAGAUAAACAUAGAGGGCUAAACAGGCACAGAAGUCGAGACAGAAGACGAGGUAAAUAUCGAUCCAAGUCUAGGGAAAGAAAUAAAUCUAGUGAGUCAAGUUCUAGUGAAGAAAAUUCACGAGCAUCAUCGAGUAGAAGUGACAAAAGUGAUGAUAUAAAAAAAGAAAGAAAAAUGGAUAAUCGUUCAAAUGAUUCAAAUAAAUCUGACUCUGAAGGCAGUAGUAAUAAUUCAUAUCAAUCUUCUGAGUCAUCAUAA